GGCAGUAUAUAAAAUAAAAUUAAAAGUAAAACGAUUCUAAACAGAAGAGAAGUAAAUAAUAGCGUUGUCAAGGCAACAAAAAUCUAUCGCUUAAACAUAAUUUUGAACAGGGCAGAAAUGAGAGCACAGAAAAGCAGAAAACAUGAUAAUCAGCAGGAGAAAAGCAUCAAGAUGGAAGUCAAGUUUCUCCUGAAAGAUGAAGUUUUUGUGGAUUUCUUCAAUACAUUUUUAAGUCUUCCAGUAUUUGGACUAACCCCCCUCUACAUGCUCAAAGACAACAAGUGGUUAAUGUGGCCAAAUGUGCCCUUUGCUCAGGUGAACGCUGGAGCAUUUCUGAAAUGGUUAGAGACAAAUCGGAUGGUUUUCUUCAAACAAACUGAACUCUAUCACAAUUUCAUUCUCUGUACAGAGAUCCUUGAAUUUGCAUCCUCUAAAUCUACAGAUGAUUUGAAAUGGACUCCGGCAGAUCAGUGGCUGUUACGGAAGUGUCUUGGCAGCGUGAGGGGAAUCCAGAGAUUUCGUUCAUUUCUCAAGGGCACUGCUGAAGAGGAGCUUGUUCUGUUCUGUGUGAGAGUGUCCAUGUUGUUGAGUAUGAAAGAAGAAGAAAAUGAUCUUCAGACUUUGAAUCAACAAACACUUCAGACAGCGAUCAGACUCUCUCACCUGAGCGAAGGCUCUGCCAUCCUGUCUGUCUGCCACACAGAUAACAUGACUGAGCUCUUGUCCAAAGAAUGCCCACUUAGUUCCCAGCAAUGUGUUUUGGCAGAGAUGAGAAGGAAAGCUCUGAGCCGACUGCAGUCGUAUUGGCUGCCUCAGUUCUUACAUUGCUGUAAAUCCUGGUUGUGGCGUGUGCCUGAAUGUCAACCCAUUGUAGAAAAAUACACGUCCUUUUCCUCUCCUCCUGUUCAAUCUCCCUCCUCAUGUGAGCGUGAACAGAGCAAGACGAAUCCCACGCUGAGUCCUGCUAAAUCCUUCUGCAGUAAACGCAGCAAAUUGCACCUGUGGAGCUCACACAAGCCAAACGCAGAGCGUUUACAGUCAAACAGCAUCUGCUUGUGGCUUCAUCCAGCCAGUCAGGAAGAUCCAAAGGGUUCCCAGUGUUCAAACAUAGCACAUCAUUCCCAAGAACUGCAUAGAAAUACAGACUGCAUCCAGCCCUCAGAGAAUAUGAAAGCUAUUGUCCAUCACACAUGCGUCCAAACACCGGCAUGUCAGAUUCCCUGCUGUGUAAACAUUCAUGCUCCACCAUCAGAUCUCCACUGCUAUCUUCAGCCAGCCUUGACUGCCGAGGGUCUAGCUGGAGGUCCUUUUAGGUCUUAUCUGAGAGCCCAAGACCUGGUGGAAAAACAGCAGAUGCUUGAUCUGUUGGAGGACCUUGACUUUUUCCUCCUGCUGGUUCUGAAAGCACAAGGAGAAGAUCCAGUCUGUGCACAGAGACAAACUGUGGCCCAGCGGAUAACUGAGACGUACCUUAAAGAGAGCAUGCCGUGCCGUGUACGUCUGGAUCCAGACACCAGCCAGCAGCUGCGUUCUCUGUUACCAUCCAGCGCGGCUGUGCCAUGGAUUUACACGGCAAAAUAUGAAAUAUGCAAGGAACUACAAGAAACGUAUGACUCAUUUUUAGAUGCAGAGGACAAAGCUCUAAUGUCCCACCUGAGUUCACGCAGUGAAGACUCUGCGCAGCUGCUGUUUUCUGGUUUUGAGACAGAAACAGAAGUUCAUCUCACACAGACAGAGGCUUUAGUGCUAUGUGGAGGAUGCUGCAGCCGCCUGGACCCUGCCGAUCUGUCUCAGGACAGCUGGGCUUUUGUGGCCCUGCAAGACCUGCAGAAAGGAGGCUCACUUCUGCACAAGUACAACAUAAUCAAUGCAUCUGAGGAGCCAAAGCUCAUGACAGAGAGCGAUAUCAUAACACCUCUUGUUCAAGAUGUGCCCGUAUCUAAAGCCACAUGUCUUCAGGUGAAAACUCUCAAGAAGGACACCAUUAUUUAUGAAAAGCCAUCUACAAAACCCAGGUCAUUUGAAGAGGCCAUCACAACAACACAGUACAUUAAUCAUUUCAAACAGUUUCUGCAAGAGCAUGGUGCAGAGGGAGCGUUGCUCUUCGUACAGGAAGCCGAAGCUCUGCGCACUGAACCCAAACGACAGAAGGCUAAAAUCCGUGCCAUCGUAGACAAAUUUUUUCGACGAGAAGAUCCCAUGGAUUACCUGCAGUGCAGCGCUGACAUCAUCACCAGUGUGACGCAGAUGAGCACGGUUCCUCCUGACGUCAUAUACACCAUUCAGCAUCUGGUUGCCAAAUCCCUAGAGGCCACAUGGUUCAAACAAUAUCAGGAAUCGUUUUCUACUUGUUCUCUUGAUUCAUCUGAACUGAGCGUAAGAGGACCAUUGAUGGUGGACCUGAAGGCGAAUGCGUGGAAGACAUUAGGGAGGUUCAUUCGCAGUGUGUCGAAGUUUCUAGCCGCCAUAGAGAAGCGUGAGAUCAGAGCUGAGUUUGAAGAGUAUCUGAUACAGAACUACAAGCGAUUCUCAGAGCCUUAUGUGGUUCGCGCCAAGGCCCAGCAGACCUCCGAUUUAAACACCGAUGGAGAAAAGUUUAAACCUAAAAUACGAAGCAUUUUCAACAAAGCGGUGAUAGUGGACUUCUUAGUCAAUGAUCUUUCCUUCUACAUGGAGUGUGAGAGGUUCAGGCAAUUGGCAGAUGCAGGCGAUGUGAUGGCAUCAGAAGGCUUGUAUAGCGAGACUGAUUAUGCCAUGCUUCACCAUAAAGCCGAGCUGAUCAUCAACAUAUUUCUCCAGUCAGAUCUCUCACCAAAGCUCUUGAUCAACACAACUGAGGCUCAGAAAGAUGCCAUACUGCAGCGUUUUGCCUCUGGGAAGGUGGACCGCACACUCUUCUAUCUAGCUAUGAUGGACGUGUUUCCAAGUCUCAUCUUUUGCUGGAAAAGGUUUUGUGAUCUAAGGGUGAUGAAACAAUUCUACCCCAAGAAAGCACUGAAGAAUCAAGCUGUGCGCUCUUGUCCUGCAGAACAACGCCCUUUAAACAUCCGGCAGAUCAAGACCGUUAGAUCAAAUGAAGUUAAAGAUGCCAUCCUGCGUUUCUCCGCUCAACACGGCCUCACGCUGCUGCUGCCGCAGACUCCACACAACCACACAGUUUCUCCUUCUGCCAGAUGAAGGACAUUAAAGCAGCUGCUUCAGA